UUGCGCUUAUCCUAUUUACAUUUUAAUGGCUGCCGGUCCGCUGAUUGCAUUUUCGUCUGUGAUCAAAGCUGAUUCAGAGGCCGAUUAACUGUUUUGCAGUUUGCAGCUAUUGUGUAUUUUACUGAGAUUAUCGGAUCAGUUUUUGUCAAACUUUGAUAGAAAAGUUACUGCGAUUGGAAGUGUUUAUAUUUGAAAAUAUUUAGAUAUAUUGUGUAAUGGCAGCAUUUUCCAACAACACCUCCGAUAAUGAAAACAUUGAAGAUGAAAGCAUGACAGCCGAAGACGCUGAAGAAGCUAGUUUUCAGGAAGAUGUUGAGCUAGAGGAAGAUGAGGAAGGAGACGUGCAGUUUCCUGGAAUAAGGGGUGGAGGCCGAGGCGGUCGCGGAUUCGCAAAAGGGCCUCCUAGAUGGUCUGGUCUUCCAGGUGGCCCAGGACCGAAUGGCCCGCCUCCCAGAUUUCGAGGAAGAGGGGGUUUCGGACCACCGCCUGGAAUGUUUAGAGGUCGAGGCGGACCUCCACCACUGUUUAGAGGGGGACCGCCACCGAGAGGUCCACCAGGAUUUAAUGGUCCGCCUCCAAAUUUUGGCGACAACGGUCCCAAUUGGGGUCCACCCGGCAUGAACCGGGGCCCACCCCCAAAUCUUAUGGGUGGACCGCCUCCUUUUGGGGCACCUCCAAUGAUGAGUGGAUUACCGGGAGUUCCUGGUGCUGCAGGAUACCCCGAUGGCUCUUCCAGAUCAAACGAACAGAGUCCAUCUUUGGAUGCAACAAAUGAAAUUUGGGUAGAAACUAAAACUGGCGAAGGGAAAUCUUAUUAUUAUAAUGCCAGAUCGAGGGAAACGACUUGGACCAAACCCGAAGGUCCCAAUAUUAAAGUCAUUACCCAGGAUCAAGUUGAGGCAAUGGCGCAAGCAGCUAGCACUAAUACGCAACCUCAAAAUACGUCAACUGCUGCACAGGCAGCUCUUGCACAAGCCAGCAUAACUAAUAAACCUGAAAGCAAAGAGAGCGAAGAGCAGAAAAAAGAACUUAACAACCAAGUUAAUAUGGGACCACCUCCGUCGAUGAUGGGUCAUGGAGGAAUGCCUUAUGGCCCACCUCCAGGAGGGUUUCCUCCAUUUGGAAUGCCUCCGUUUGGCUUACCACCCCCGGGCCAAGGUCCACCAAGCUGGAUGCCCCCAGGAGCCACUCCAUGGGGAAUGCCUCCAGGGCUUAUGCCUCCCGUUGCAGUAAGUAUUCCAAGUGCCUUGCCCGCAAUUAAUGAGGCGGAAAUUUUGUCAAAAAUUGAUCCUGCUAUAAUUGCAAAAGCUAGAGAAUGGACGGAACAUAAAGCACCUGACGGACGAUAUUAUUAUCAUCAUGCUAAGAAAGGCGAAUCCGUAUGGGAAAAGCCCCAGGCCUUGAAAGAUUUAGAAAAUGCCAAACUGGCCGCGGCACAAGGAAUUUCCACCCGUCCAAAAGAUGACGGUUAUUUACAAAUGACACUAGAUUCAGGUAAGACAUCUAGUUCGCAGGAAAAUGGUGAGUCUAUGAAGGUUAACAGCCCAAAGGAUAAGGAAGCUGAAGCGAAAGAAAAACUGGAUAAACUUCAAGAGGAGAUUAGGAAGAAGAAGGAGGAAGAAGAGAAGGAAAAAGAAAAGAAAGCCCAGGACAAAUCGCGCCCUGUAUCUAGCACACCUGUUCCAGGAACACCAUGGUGUGUGGUGUGGACUGGAGAUGGUCGUGUAUUUUUCUACAACCCUUCUUCUCGCACCUCUGUAUGGGAAAGACCAGAGGAAUUGCUCAAGCGAACGGAUGUUGAUAAGAUGGUAUCUACGCCCCCAGAUGCUUUGGCGUCAUCUGCCAGCAAAGGAGAGGCUCUAGAAGCUAAGACUCCCGUUAAAGCAAAAAGAUCGUCUGAUGAUAGCGACAGCGACAAUGAGAUUCCUGCAAAAAAAACGAAAAUUGACAUUGAUCUUACAACUUCUAAUGGUACUCCCCCCACCAAGAAAAUCGACAUUGGCAAAGAGGCUGCUAUUGAAGCUGAAGUGAGAGCUGCUAAAGAAAGAGCCGUUAUUCCUCUCGACACCAGGAUAACUCUGUUCAAGGAAAUGUUAGCAGAGAAGCAGGUGUCUGCUUUCAGUACUUGGGAAAAAGAAUUGCAUAAAAUUGUGUUCGAUUCUAGGUAUCUGCUUUUAACUUCGAAAGAGCGGAAACAAGUUUUUGAAAGAUAUGUCAAAGAAAGGGCCGAAGAAGAAAGGAGAGAGAAGCGGAACAAAUUGCGGGAGAAGAAAGAGUCGUUUAAGAAGCUAUUGAGUGAAUCGCAUUUGCAUGGAAAAUCUUCCUUUAGCGAUUUUGCACAAAAAUACGCAAAAGAUGAGCGAUUUAAGGGCGUUGAUAAGAUGCGUGAACGCGAAAGCCUUUUCAACGAACAUCUCAUUGAAGUGCGCCGGAAGGAGAAAGAAGAGAAGUUUCAAAAAAGAGAAGCGGAAAAUUGGAUUCAGACCCCCGUUACAAGGCGGUCGACUCUCACGGUAUGCGAGAGGAUUGGUUCAGAGAAUACUGCAAGAUCUUGAAGGAGGAGAAGAGGCGCCGUAAAGAAGAACGGGAAAAGGAGAAGACCAAGGAGAAACAUAAGAAGAAGGACAAGGAACGGAAGCGCGACAAGGACAAGGAUGGAAAGGAAUCGAAGAGUGAUGGACCUAAAGAAGAACCAAUGGAAGUCGAUAAAAAGGAGCAGAGUGUCGACGAAGGUGGCAAAGGAAGAAAAGGACAAGGAGCGUCAGGCUAAAGCAGAAGCUAGUCUUAAAAGACGCGAAGAAGAAGUUCAAAGAACGUUGGCUACUCAUAUGAGGGAUCGGGAGAAGGAAAGGGAGCAACAUAAAAGAGACGAGGCUAGACAACACUUCAACGCAUUGCUCGUUGACUUGGUUCGAAAUUCGGAACUGAGCUGGAAGGAGGUAAAGAGAAUCCUAAGGAAAGAUCAUCGGUGGGAUCUGGCCGAGUCUCUGCCUCGUGACCAGAAAGAAAAGCUAUUUAAUGAACAUGUUGAAGCUUUGCUGAAGAAGAAGCGUCAGAGCUUCAGGGAAAUGCUAGAUGAAACAUCUGAGGUUAACCUCGUUAGCAACUGGAAAGAAAUAAAAAAGCUUAUCAGAGAUGAUCCAAGAUAUACAAAAUUCUCUUCCAGCGAAAGGUGUGAACGAGAAUUUAAGGAUUAUCUAAAAGAUAAACUGUUGACUGCGAAAAAUCAGUUUAAAGAAUUGUUGCAAGAAACCAAACUGAUAACACACAAAUCAUUGACGUUGCUCAGAGAAAAUCAAAAUCACAUGCAGGAAAUUGAAGACAUUCUGAAAAAUGACAAAAGAUUUUUGAUUUUGGAUCAUAUACCACAAGAAAGGACUCAAUUAAUUUUGAAUUAUCUCGAAGAACUCGAUAGAAGGGGUCCCCCUCCGCCUCCGACUGCUACGGAGCCAAACAGGCGAGCUAAGUAAUAAUUUACAUCACAGCCGCAUUAAUAUCAGUUUACUUUGUAAUUGCAUUAUUAUAAAAUGGUUUAUUUGCUUUUUAAUUACUGUUAUUUUGGCAUGGGCUGGGUUCAAUUAUCAAUAGUGAACAGUCCUAAAUGCAAGCUUAUUUUAAUCUCGCAUUUAGUGAACAUUUGGUGGAGAAACCUUUUAAAUAAACGGUUUAUCUUAAA